AAUCGCUAUUCUUACGCGUGUCAGCCACGCUCCUGUAACGCAUAUGUUUGUUUCUCUCAUUCAGAGCGCUAAUUUUAAGCUAUGCGUAUUGCGCACCCAUCCCAAAUAAUAAUCUCUCUCAUCGAUAAAAAGAUAGCCAAAUUUUCAUCUUUCAAAAUUACUGUUACAACCAGAAUCGCUGCUGCUAAUUCAUUUUCAUCAAUGGCGGAUUCUACUGAUAAUACUAAUACUGUUGUGAGUAGCGAUAACGAUGUUUCCACCGUCGUCUCCGCCGCAGAAGAGGACGCGAAGUUCGGUUUCACUAGGCCUGAGAUGUACCAGUUAAAUCUGAGUGGUACUGUUAAUCAGUAUGACCGACACGUUUUUCUUUGCUUUAACAAGGCGGACGCGUGGCUCCCACGUGUGGAGGAGUCUCAGACUGAUCCUCUCCCUAAGCUCUUAUCCUCCGCUGUCAAAGCUCGCAAGGAUGAUAUCACCGUUAAGACAUUGGUGACUGUAUGCGAAGGAGGUGAAGGGACUCUGUUUGAAAAUGGCGAUGUGUUGAUUUUCCCUGAUAAGAUCAAAUACAAGUGUUUGAAGGAAUCGGAUGUCGCUGGCUUCGUUGACGAUGUUCUUGUAAAUGGAAAACCAUGGGCUUUAGGAGCGCAAGAGGUUCUUACUGGAUCACACGUAUUUGUGUGUGCUCAUGCUAGCCGCGAUAAGAGAUGUGGUGUUUGUGGACCAAUUCUGAUAACAAAACUCAAAGAGGGAAUUGAAUCUCGAGGACUGGAAGGUCAAGUCUUUGUUAGUGCUUGCUCUCAUAUUGGGGGCCACAAAUAUGCCGGAAACUUGAUCAUUUAUUCUCCUGAAUCUGUGGGAAAAAUUAUGGGCCAUUGGUAUGGCUAUGUUACUCCUGAUGAUGUACCUGAAAUUUUGGAUCAACAUAUCAGCAAGGGAGAAGUGAUUGAGCGUCUUUGGAGGGGGAAAAUGGGGGCAUUGACUGAAGAGGAUGAGAAGGUGACUGAGGAAAAGCUUCCAAAUGGAAAAAAUAUUGAGGAAAAACUUGAAGAAAGCAACACUGAGUUCAACAAAGAGAAUGUGGGUGGGUGUUGCCAGGGUUCUAAUGGUUUUUCAUGCUGCAGAGAUGGAGUAACCGAAGACAAGAAACAGAACGAAAUCAGUGAAGUGCAUGAAAAGAAGGGGCAAGGUAAAUUGUCGAGCUGGAUAUCAUCAUUGGAACAGAGUGAUGUUCUUGCAGCUGUUGCCGUAGCUGGAGCAGUCGCAACAAUUGCAGUGGCUUAUAGCUUACUUAAAAGGUCAGGCUGAAAGAUGCCUUCUACUCUUCAUAGCAUUUUAUAGGCAGAUACCGUAGAACCGAAAAUAAUCCUCCAAAUCACGAAUUCUGGGGAAAAUGAUAUAUACACGUGAUUGAUGCAAGAGCGGAGAGUAUCACCAUAUUUUAGCUGGACUCCGCACUUUAUUUUCUUAAAUUUACGAUUGAUCAAUAUUAUUACUAUAGUGACAGAAAAUUUGUUGAAUGAUUCUUGUUAAUGUUGGAAAACUGUUUUGAUGAUAAUUGAUUUUGAUGUUAAAUA